AUGCUUUGCUUUGUAUGUUUAGUGAACAAUAAGGAAAUUACAUUACCGAUUUUUGGAAAACAUGCCUUGGAAUACAAUAUUUCGUAUAUGAUUGAAAAACAUUUGAAUUUCAAGGUUGGUAGCAAUAACAAUGAAAUAUGUGAUGAUUGCUGGAAUAAAUUGGCCGAUUUUCAUGAAUUCUAUGAAAAUGUAACAGCAGCCCAUGCUCAGCUGGGAACGGCGGUGGCAAGAAAUAUUGUGGGAGAUGAUAAUAUCACCAUUAAGGAGGAAUUUUUGGAGGGAUCAGAUCCCUUCGAAGCGGAGGAGGAUACACUAACCGACGAUCCUUUUUUAAAUAUUGCCUUGGAGACCGAUGGAAUAGAUAGCUCAAAUGGAGGACAACAAAUAAUAACGGACAAGAACACUCAUGCAGAAGACGAAACACAGCCAGCUGGAGAUUCAGAUAGCGACACCAGCACCACCACCACCCGUUCCAAUCGCAAGCAAUCCCAAAAACUUUCAAAGAAACAACGACGAAAUUAUUUUCGCCUACUUGAAGAGAAUUCGGAAUUGAUUAAAAAACAUAUUCGCAUGUUUUGUCAAAUAUGUCAGUAUUAUAGUGAAGAUUUUUGUGAUAUCGUAGCGCAUUAUAAGGAAAAACAUGGGGAUACUAAACCACAUAUAAAAUGUUGUGAACGCAAAUUGGAUUGCCCGUCGGAUAUCUUGCAGCAUGCCUAUUAUCAUGAAGACCCGAAUUCUUUUAAAUGUAACGAAUGUGGAAAAACAUAUAUGAAUAAUACCGCCCUAAAGGAUCACUAUCGGCGUCAUCAUGAACCGGAAAUAAAUUUAAGCUUUAAGUGUGAUCAAUGUUCGAGGAAAUUUGCGAGGAAAAAUUUAUUGGAACAUCACCGGGCAAAGCAUGUACCGAAAACGGAGCGUUCACAUUACUGUGUGAUUUGUAAUCCAAAGAAGGCCUUUGCCAACGAGUACAUCCUACAAAUUCAUAUUAAAAAUCGCCAUUAUAAAGCUACCAACAUCUGUCAUGUAUGUGCCAAGGAAAUACACGACAAACAGGCAUUCGAGAAGCAUGUACGCUCACAUUUCGAAUCGAGUGGACCGCGAUUGAAAUGUCCCCGCGACGGCUGUGAAAGUUGGCUAAAAGACAAAGAUAAUUUGCGACAACAUUUACGACGUUUUCAUGAUACCGAACAGCAUAAAUGUCCACAGUGUGGGCGAAUAUGUAAAAAUAAACAUGCAUUGGCGUGUCACAUGAAAAAUACCCACAGUACCCAGGUGUAUACUUGUGAGGAGUGUCGAAAGACUUUCAAAAGUCAACAAACAUUAAAGGAACAUAUGGCCGGGCAUACAGGAGAACCAUUGUACAAUUGUCGCUUUUGUAGUAGAAUGUUUAAUUCGAAGGCGAAUAUGUACUCUCACAUUAAGAAGUCACAUUCCUGUGAAUGGGAAGCAUCCAAGAAAUCUAAAGUUAUAGCGAGAGAAGACUAUGAAAUGAAUUCGACACUCGGUAAACCGUAUUCAAUAGGCACUGCAUACAAUUUUACGGAAUUAUCUAGUUCAGAUGCCUGCUGGUAA